UCGCUGGGUCCCUAUCCCGGAUUUCCCUGUCCCAAAUGUUCCCCCGUGUCCCUGUUCUCAUUAUCUUAGGUAUUCCUGUCCCAGGUGCCUCUCUAACCUCUAGAUGUCCCUGUGCCAACUCACCCUGUCCCCAGGUGUCUCUGUUCCAAGUGUCCCAGCUGUCCCUGUCUCCGUGUGUCUCAGUCCCAGGUGUCACACACUCAAGCGUCCCUGUCCCAGAUGACCGUGGUGUUCUGUGUGUCCUGGCAUCAGAAAUCCCAGUCCCAGGUGUCCCUAUCUGCAAGUGUCCCUGUUUCCAGUGUCCCAGCUGUCUCCAGGUGUCCCUCACCCAGUGUCCCUGUUCUCAGUCUUCCAGGUGUCCCUGGGUGUCCCAGUGCCACAGCUGUCCUUAUCUCCUAGUAUCCCAGACCCAGGUGUCUUGACCCAGCUUGCAGAUCGAGAGUGGUGACCAGCCGCCCCAGAACCCCCUCAAAAAGUGUCUCCAGAAGAGUGGCCAUGUGGUUGGGUGCCCGGCUGGACACGCUGCCCACCCCAGCACUGACCAUCGACCGCACCACGGCGCGUCGCAACGCUGAGCGCAUGCGGGAGCACUGCCGGACCCUGGGCGUCCGCCUGCGACCCCACGUCAAGACCCACAAGACGCUGGAAGGCGGUUUGUUGGCCACCGGCGGCACGCGGCGCGGCAUCGCCGUCUCCACGUUGGCCGAAGCGCGUUUCUUUGCGGACGGUGGCUUUGAUGACAUCCUGCUGGCUUACCCACUGCCCACCACACGGCUGGAGGAGUGCGCAGGGCUGGCGCAGCGCCUCGAAGCCUUCCACGUGCUGCUGGACCGCCCCGAGGCGCUGGCCUGCCUGCGGCAGCGGCCACUGGCCCAUGGCAAACGCUGGCUCGUCUGGCUGAAGCUCGACUGCGGCAACGGCAGAGCUGGCGUGCGCCCGACGGACCCUGCAGCCCUGGAGCUGGCCCGGGCCAUCGCCAACGAUGCACCCAAGGAAGUGACACUGGUUGGGGUCUAUGCACACUGUGGGAACACCUAUGGCUGCAGUGGGGCAGACGCCAUCCAGGCCAUCGCCAGGACCACCACCAACGCUGUCCUCGGCUUUGUGGCUGCGCUGCAGCAGGCUGGUGUGCCCUGUCCCCACGCCAGCAUCGGCUCCACUCCCUCCUGCAGCCACCCCAUCUCUGAGAUGUCCCAACUCACUGAGCUGCACCCAGGCAACUACAUCUUCUAUGACCUGCAGCAGACACAGCUGGGCUCCUGCCAGCCCCAGGACGUGGCCAUCCGUGUCCUCACGAGGGUUAUCGGGCACUACGCGCACCGAGGGCAGCUGCUGGUGGACUGUGGCUGGACAGCACUCAGCCUGCAUGGGGCAGGAGGAGGACGGGGCCCCCAGGGCUGCGCUGCCAUCGAUGGGCACCCCGAGCUGCGGAGCACGGGCUGUUGGAGCACGCUGAUGGACAGAUGGAUUUUGGGAAGUUCCCCGUGGGCAGCGUGCUGGCGCUCAUCCCAUACCACGCGUGUGCUACGGCGGCCAUGCACCCUGUGUACUACGUGCACGAGGAGGGGCAGGUGGUGGCCCUAUGGCACCCCGUGCGUGGCUGGUAGGGCCCCAUCCCACUGCCCGUAAUGAGGACCUGCACCCACAAUGAGAUCCUAUAGCCAUAACGAGGUCCUGUGCCCACGAUGACAUCCUACACCUACGCCGAGAUCCUGCAGUCACACCGAGAUCUUGCAACCCUGCUGAGAUCCUCAUGGCCAGCACGAGAUCCUGCAACCACACUGGGAUCCUGCAGCCGUGCUGACAUCCUGUGAGCAUCACGAGGUUGUGGAGCCAUGACGAGACCCUACAUCCAUGAUGAGAGAUCCUACACCCAUGAUGAGAGACCCUACAUCCAUGAUGAGAGAUCCUACACCCAUGAUGAGAGACCCUACAUCCAUGAUGAGAGAUCCUACACCCAUGAUGAGAGAUCCUACACCCAUGAUGAGAGACCCUACAUCCAUGAUGAGAGAUCCUACACCCAUGAUGAGAGAUCCUAGACCUAUGAUGAGAGACCCUACAUCCAUGAUGACACCCGACACCCAUGAUGAGAUCCUACACCCAUAAUGAGAGAUCCUACACCUAUAAUGAGAUCCUACACCCAUAAUGAGAGAUCCUACACCUAUGAUGAGACACCCUACACCCAUGAUGAGAUCCUACACCUACAUGAAGAUAAUGAAACCACACUGAGAUCCUGCGGCCCUGAUCAUGUCCUGCAUCCUUGCUGAGAUCCUAUGCCCAUCUUCAAGUUCUACACCUACACUAAGAUCCUGCUGCACUCACGCUGAGAUUCCACACCUACACCAAGAUCAUGGAAUCAUGGAAUGGUUGGGGUUCGAAGGAACCCAAAGGAUCAUGAAUCUCCAACCCCCCUGCCACAGGCAGGGCCACCAACCUCCACAUUCAAUACUAGACCAGGCUGCCCAGGGCCCCAUCCAACUUGGCCUUGAACACCUCCAUGGAUGAGGCAUCCACAGCCUCUCUGGACAGCCUGUUCCAACACCCAUGUUGAGAUCCUACACCCACACUGAGAUCCUACACCCAUAACAAUGUCUUGCAUCCCUGCUGAGUUCCUAUACACAUCCUAAGAUCCCACACCCAAGACCCUAUACUCACAUUGAGAUCCCACAAACCCAUGCUGAGAUUCCACGCCUACCCCAAGAUCCUACACCCACGCUGAGAUCCUACAAUCAUGCUGAGAUCCCAUAUUUGUGCUGAGAUUCUGCAUCCACUUCCUCAGGAGGGGUCAAUAAAGUCGCUUUUCCCA